AUGGAGGAUGUGUGCGAGGAGGAGCUGGACGAGCUCGUCCCCAACCCUUUCUACCCUGACCCUGCUGCCACUGCUGACAGGGACAGCGAUGCUGAGCUGGUGGCGGAAGGUGGAGAGGAGGAUGCCGAGGAGGAGGAGGAGGAGGAGGAGGAAUGGGAGGAGGAGGAAUGGGAGGAGGAUGAGGAGGAGGAGGAGGAGGAGGAGGAGGAGGAGGAGGAGGAGGAGGAGGAGGAGGAGGACAACGGUGGGGUCGCGGAAGAGGUGGGGGCCGGAGGGGGAUGUCUCACACUUUCCUCCGCUCCAUCUUUCGUCUAUCUCGCCACCAUGGAGGGCCUGCCGGCCGACGAAGCUGCUCCUCAGACCGGCCCUAACGAGCCACCUUUACCAGCGAAACCGAAAGCGCCAGCCCUGCCGGAGAAAGCAUCAGAUGCUCCCCGCGGCUCGCCCGCACUCACCAAGAUGCAGCUGCGAGAGCAGGUGUACCUGGAGGUGAGUAUUAACUACGAGACGAAGUGGUCGCGACACUUCUCCUGGUUGGUGUUUGGGAAGACCAAGGAAGGUUUUCCCUACGUGAAAUGCAGCAUCUGCAUGUCGUACGUGAAGGGGAACACAAGGUACGCCAUGCAAGGUGACGACGGUGGCCGUGACUUGCAGAUGGAGUCGUUCAGGGCGCACGAGCAUACGGACGCACACACGGCGGCGGUGGAUCGGCAGUUGAAGCUUGCGGGGGACAUCCGCGAGGGGCAGUGGGUGAUUUCGGACUUCAUCAACUCCGACGUUGAGGGGCGGCGCGUGAUUCGUCUCAUGCGGUCUACGCAGUUCCUGUGCCAGUGCGACGCGCCAAUUAGCAUGUUUCCGAAGCUGAUGCGGCAUCUUGCGGAGCAGGACACACCAGACAUUCCUCGACAAUCUUACGGCGUGUAUCUGACACAGUAA